UGGAGAACUGGACUUCGAAGAGUUCUGUCAGCUUAUCGGACCGCAGCUCAACGAGAAGGAGCGACCAGACGAGGUAGACCGAGGAUACGAUUUGCUCGCGGGUCGAGCCGCCCGGGCAGGCGUGAAAGGGGCAGUGAACACAGGACAGAUUUCCUUUGAGGACCUGAAGCAGAUCGCCAAGGAGUUUCAUGAGUUCACGGGUGAAGAGAUAAAGGAGGCUGAUCUCAGGGAGAUGAUCAAGGAAGCUGACCAGGGGGACGGGGAAACCGAGGAGGAUGGCUCGGGAGACGGGGAGGUGUCCUUGGAGGUAGAGCAUGCGUUUGUUGGAGCAGAGGGAGCUGAUGCAGGGUUGUUAUGA